UGAAUUCCGGAAGAGUGUGUUGGUAGGAUUCGUUACAUCAAUAAAACUGUACACACUUGACGAACUAUCUGACAUGUAUUUAAAGUGUUUCGUUUUCAGAAUAAUUAUAAAUUGUAUUGCCGCGCUAUCAAUUGCUGAUCAUAUUAACUGUACAAAGUUUUAAGAAUCGAUCGUAAGGCGAGGCCAUACUGAGCCACGGUUCAUCGCCGUUUAAUUAAUGGCGAAUAUUAAGGACAUAAGAAUCAAUGAGGACUUUAAUAAGAACUACGUGAGAUGCCAUGUGGCUCUGAGUAAGACCGUGGAAGCACUGCAGCCUUACACGGAGGACGUCCUGAGGAAGCUUCACGGGGAUAUCCAGCGAAGGCUUCAAUCACAAGCCCUGCCAGCCUGCCCCAGCCAGUGUAGUCAGUUGUACGGCAAGGGGAAAUAUGCUGUAAACAGGCAAGUCAAUGUUUAUGCUCAAUAUGUACAAAUGCGCUUAAUACAACUUUAUAUGAUAAUAUGGUGAGUAUGAGAUUUAAAUUAUCUACACCAGAAGUGAGACUGAAGGCUAAAAAAAGAACAUGUACACUAUUUUGCUGUUGUUUACAUUAUAUUACAUGUAUAUAAGUUCCAUCAUUAUCAGGCAUAAUACAUGUACAUAUCUUUUUUCUACAUGUUUAGAUGUGUUGAAGAGCCGAGCAAUACACUUGUGCCCCUUAUGUUAAAGAAUGUUUGAGUUUUUUAUAUUUUGAGUUUUUCCGGAAGUAAGUUUAAGUCCCUAGUUAAGUAUUUCCUCAAUAUCGUAAUGUCUUCGUAGGGCCCUACUCAUAGUGUCGAGGAUGUAAGCGUGUUUUAAACCCGUCUGAUUAUACAUGUUAAUUCUUUCGUGAAAUUUGCGAGUCAAAUUUCUCUAAUGAUAUCAACGUACGUUUUAACGUUGCAAAAAAACUUUCAGAAGCUGAAACAUUUAGCCUUUCCCAUUCUUUUUUUAUAUUGUGUGUACAUAGGUCACGUAAUAUGUGAGAUCACGUGUCCACAGGUGGUGCCAGACGUGUAAGAAAUGGAGGUUGGAGUUGGAAAAAGAACUUCUCCCAAACAAUGGACAGGGUGCUUGGCACAAAAUGGAAUCAUGGGAUUGGCCCAACCACUACAAAAAGAUUGCCCAGGUCUACAUUCAGCCCGGCUUGGAUGUUACGAACAUCCGUUUCCAGGAUAUAUCCACCAUGUUCAGCAUAUGGACACGAUGUUUGGCCUUCCCAAGAACAAUCGUGAAUUUAUUAGAUGUACUAAAACGACAGAGAAACGCUAUUGCUCAUGAAAGUUUACUGAUCACAAAUGCUACGAAAACUUUACACUUCCAAACAAUCAGAAACGUCAUCAGUAUUCCAACUAUACGGGCUACAAUUCCUAAUUAUCAGGAUGUGUGGCAAAUGAUGAAUGACCUUGAGCAUGGUCAACACCAUAAUUUCAGUGAUGACAUUAAUAAAGUACGGAAGGAAAUUGAAGAUACCCGCAAUGGUUCGAAGGGCCAAAUAGAAAAUUUUAAACAGGAAGUUUUAGACCAGCAUGAUGAUAUAGUUGAAAUUAGUUCGCAAUUGUCGUCCGAGUCCAGAUGUACUCGUAACUUGAUUACUUUGAUCGUGCUGGCCUUUGGUCUGGGUAUACUGACAAUCCUUAUGCAGUUUAUGCAUUCAGACAUGGCAUCCCUGUUUUCCUGGUACCAUGGCGAGGAAAUACCAACAACGAGUGUGCUAAUUGCCCAACAGUCGGAACAUGGAGACAUGCAAAGGGUCGAUCCGGUUAUCUACUGUGACAACGUUACCAUGGUGACACGGGAAAACUGGGGUGCACGGCCACCUAAAAAGGUCGAAAGAAUGGAGACCCCGGUCAGCUUUGUCUUCAUCCAUCAUGCAGCCUCCGGCGAAUGUUUUACGCAGAACAGAUGCGCGAGGGAGGCGAGAAUGCUUCAAAACUACCAUAUGGACAACCGAAGUUGGGAUGACAUUGGGUAUAGUUUCAUGGUCGGCGAAGAUGGUAAUGUGUACGAGAGUCGGGCCUGGGACCGGGUAGGCGCGCACACACUAGGUUGGAACAAUGUGUCCAUUUCAAUCUGUUUCAUGGGGGACUACAGCGACAAACUCCCGACACCAGAGGCGUUAAUGGCAGCACAGGCUUUGAUCAAGUGUGGAGUAGACCUAGGAAAGGUGACUUCAGGCUAUAAACUAUGUGGCCAUAGGGAUGUCAGAGGAACGGAAGGGCCAGGAGAGAUGCUUUACCGAGAAAUACAGACCUGGGGUCAUUAUGACUGUUAUAAGCCAGUCAAACCAAGCCAUAUACAGUACUAAUCAGCUUGUACUCGAAGCGAAGUCUAGCAAAAGGUCGCUUCGGAAUCAGCGGAACACUUUUGAUAAUCGAAUGAAAAAAAAAUUCUGGAUUUCUUCAUAAUCAUGCCGAAAGUCAAUCGUAACAACUCGGCCAUCUCCGGCAAGCUUCGCGACAAUGCUGUUUGAUACUGGCCGAGGUGUUCCGAUUGGCCGAAAGUGUCUUGCUAUGUUAUACUUAGAUACAUAGUUUUGUUUUCAGUGUUCUCAAGGGAAUGGGGUGAUGAUCAAACAAUAGUUUCGAGAAAUAGUAUUUGUUAUUGGGGUGGAAUGAUUUGUUAUUGGGGUGGAAUGAUUUGUUAAAGGCAACUGUUGAAGCAUUUUCACAUUUCUUAAAUAUUAAAAAUAAAAGAUGUAUCAGUGGGUGUUGACUUUUAUGACAAUCUGAUUAAAAUCAUAUCCGCAAUACCCUCUACAUGAGAAUCUGAGAACGACCCGUAGACCUUUUUAAAACGCAAAUAAAACGUUGAAAAGGCAAGCGUAGAAGUGAAAUGUGUCUGAUAUUAUUUCUAUUUCAGUUAUGUUUCAUAAAAAAAUCAUAAAAACUAAACUUUUGCCGAUCAAUAAGUAUCAAAUCUAGCUAGGUUAUUGUAACAGAUGUCUUGUUCAACUGAGCUAGUAAGAGAGCUGUUUUAGUGUUCCAGCCAUUAUUGGUUUGAACCAACAACGUGGACAACAUGCUCCACCCUGUCGCAGGCUCACUUUCAUAGUUAUCGCAACCAUAUCUGCCAUGGCUGUCAUGGUUUCAAAUAUCUAUAUGCAUGUGUGGACUGAUUUUUGUUUUUGUUGUUGUUUAUAAUGCCAUGUUUAAACAUUUAGCUACUGUACUCUAUUUGUAUUUUUUCAGUAAAGUUAUUUGAUCUUCAUUCGUUUCUAAACUUCUUUAAUGUACUGAUGAUACUGAUGGUGGUGUGAGGUUGUUGUUAAGAUUUGCAAUCGGCCGAGCUGUUUAUAUAAAGUGGCGGAAAUUUCCAACCUGUACUUAGUGGCCACCUGCCUUAAGCAGCCACUUUGACCUUUUCCCAAGGGUGGCCACUUAAUAUAGGUUUGACUGUAAUAAAUUAUUCUGAAACCA